CUCUUAUUUACGGGCACUGCCAUUGGUCAUUAAUGUCUGACACUGCUGUUUGAUUUUUAGACACCCUUUCAAUUAUGGCUAUCAAAUCAAACUCUGUGUAAUUAUUUGACUUUAGCUCUCUAAUUUCAAAUUUCAUUGUUCUGCUUUUGUUCUGUUUUCCCCCCACAAGCUUUCUCUGCUAUAGCCUCAAGUUUCCUCCGCCAUUUAUCUUAUUAACAAACAAAUGGAUUUUUCAAUGGGUCAGCCCAACAAUAUGUCUGGUUCUGAUUCUGAUGGGUUGGAUCAUGGUUGGAUGUCUGCUGAUUUUAGUUUUGAUUCAUCUUGGCAAUCUGGCAGCGUUUUACCUUCGUUUCAAGUUGACCACACCGGGCUUGCAGCUGCUUGUGGUCACUGUUCCGGCGGCAAGCAUGGUAGAACUCCUCUGUACGAUGUUUCCAAUCAGUCUCUCUCUGCAUCUCGGCAGAAAUCUCCUGGUCCUUCUAGAAAGUUCUGUUUAGAUUCCGGUCGUGUUUUCUCCGAUGAAAAUAGUCCUUUUUCAUGUCGUUCUACAACUAAAUCAGGUACUGCUAAGAAGAGUAGUUUUAAAAGGAAAUGUCGUUUUCCUGCUGAUGAGGUGAAUGAGAAACUUGCUUUUGGUAACUCUCUCUGCUACGUAGCCUGAAGCUUCAUCCGCCAUUACUUCUUAAUGACAAACGAGUGGUUUUUUCAAUAGGUUAGAACAAUCUUCAUGAACUCUGGUCCCUCAUGAACUUUCUACUUCGGGAGAUUUUUAGUUCAACAGAAACUUUUGAUGAAUGGUUUGCAAUCUCUGGGGAAAAUGACUAGGAAGAGGUCCUCCGUCCAUCCCUUCCGAGAAGGUUGAAGUCAGAUGUUGAGAAGGGCUUGCCUCCAAGAAGGAGACAAUACUCAAGGCAUGAAUUUCACUUCUUUAAUACAGAGGCUUACUGAGCUGUAUGAAAAAGAAGUUCGCUUUCUUAUUGUUGGUAUAAGCUGGUUUUACAAAUUUUCUACACAGAUAAUUGCUUUAUACAUUAUGUCCUAUUUUGUGUGGAGACAAAAGUUUGGAUGGUAAUUUUGUUUUGCUCGCCGUAGCAAGUUGAUCAGAAGAAUCAAUCAAAAGAUUCAGUUGAAGCGGAUGAGCCUGAAGAUAUGGGAGACCCUUUGACCACUGAGGAACAGGAAGAGAAGGAGCAGUUGCUGGAAGAGGUGAUACAGGAGUCUUUGUGGGGCUGUUAGUAUGUUUGUAAGUUACUUGAAAUUGCUCUGUGUAUACUACUGCAACCAUUCAUAUGGAGAGAAUUCGUUGGUACUCUACUCGUGUCCAAGCUUUUUUCUACUAAUGCGAAGCCUGACAAGAAAUCAGACUUAAUAUAUUUGUACAAAUUUUGCUAUCAUCCGGCGAAGUAUCUUCUCUGUUUAGCAAUAUAGUUUCAUAUACAUUAGGCUAUAUAUAAUUUGAUGUCUGUCUGGAUCUAUGAUCAGUGUUAAGCAUGUAUGAUAUGAAAACUAUGAAUAUUGUUGUAGCAUUAGUCUCAACAAAAUGGAUCACCUCGGAAUUAUAUUUUUUGUUUAAAAUAUUUUGGCAA